UUCACAGCGUACAACUUACAGAAGAAUGUUGAACAUAAGCACAUUAGAAGAGGACGCGAUGAUGGUACAGAAUCAUAGCACAUCACAACCGACGACUAAACACCUGCCUGAGAAAGUUUGGAGAGCACAUUGGAUCGUGUUUAGUAUAUUAUUUCUAUUAACUGGAUGUUUAUCGUGUAUAUUACUCUUCAAGUCAAUCCGUUUUGCUUCAAAUGUAACUAGAAGUUAUCGUUUGUCUGUAUUCAUAAUGAUUCUUGUUUUAUGCGUGUCUCGUGCAAUCUAUCUUGUCUUGAAUCCUUAUGAAGUUAACAUGGCUCUGGCUUGUAACACUCCUAUGAUUAUUUUGAGGUUAAUCUAUGCUGUUGGACAACCAUCCAUAGCCACUGGUUUUGGUUUAAUUCAUGCUUCAUUUCUUCGUGUUGUAAAGGCCAAACAUUACAAUCAUGAACCUUUACUUAAAACAUCCAUAAUUUUGAUCAUAGUGGCGUUUUACUUUACUUUUGGUGUAAUAUCCCAAAUUAUUUCUACUUUAAUACCGGGAACGAUCAAUAUGUUUCUAGCAUCGGCCUUUGUAGCUGUUGUUGGCUGUUCUAUUGUCACAAUUACUGUAUUGUACAGUGGGUUAAGCAUCUUGUUCACUGUUUCAAAGAAUCAACGAAUGUUAAAGUCGUCUGGCCCUUCUAUUACAGCAUCGAAGGAAGACCUACGUAAAGCAAAAUCUGUGGCAAAAGUUGCGCGAAUUACCUUGGCAGCGUCAAUGUUUUGCGUCGGCUUAACAGUCAUGAACAGCGUGGCGUUUGUUCAUAUGUUCAAAACUAUGAGCACUGUCGUCUUUUGGGCGAAACACUGGCAGUUUAUUACAUUUGUCACAUGUGCUCGCUCGCUUGAAAUUGCAAUGGCACUGACACUUCUUUACGCUUCGACUUACAUAAAAUUAAAUGUUCGUGCUUUCGCUACGUUAAGGUUCCAUCGAUUUACAAAGAAAAUGCGUGCGACACGCCCUAUUUCAAUUGGUACAAAUUCUACCUCAAGAACUUCAGAAUGUGUGGAAAAAGAUGUGUGGAAGACGACGGUUUCUUCUUCAAGCAAUAGACCACAAUUUAUACAAUCAUGAAAACUAUUAGAUGCUCAGAUUCGACUUUAUGAAUCAAAAAGUGUGUUUGAGAUGUCUGUUACGUAUACGUAGGCAUGCGCAGUAGAAAACCACUAAUCACUUUAAUUAUUCUCGAGUUCUUUCGCGAAUUCUCGUAUUGUCCUCGGGAUAUAAACAUUAAAUCGCGCAGGAGUUAACAGUUAAAAUAAUUUCUUGCCAUUUUCACAUCUUGUCAUUUUUUUCAUGGCAACGAAGUUAAUGAAGAAAUGAACUUUAACUACUUAUGGUAAAUUUUUGUUUAACUGCUUCCAAUUGUUAUGAUUUGAUCUUUCAUAAACUUGUUGUCAUGCGUAACAAAGUACAAGUAUAAACACUGAGACCUAUAUUGUAGACAUACAUUGAUUGUUUUGAUAACGUUCAUAAAGAAUUCUCUGAAUUUUA